AAGGAUGCAACCCCAAAAUACCUCCUCCUCUUUUCCACAUGUCCAGCGUUCCCACUGACUGUCACUGCACAUUAGCACAGCAGAAAUCCUAAACAUCGAGGGCUUUUAUUUUACUGCAUCCACUCAAAGCUGAACAAUGACUAAAGAAAAUGUUCAAGGAGCCGGCGAGGAGGAGCCACAGGGUCAGUCAAAGAAAGCUCUAAAGAAACAGCAGAAGGAUGCAGAGAAAGCUGCAAAGAAGGCAGAAAAGCAGGCCAAGCUGGCUGCAGAGCAGCAGGAAGCUGUUGAGGAUGACUUUGCCAAGGAUCGUUAUGGGGUCUCUCCGAUGGUUCAGUCCCAACAGAAACUGGACAGGGCGUUGGUGCGUGUCCAGGAGCUGACACCCGAGAAGGCCGAGCAACAGAUCUGGGUCCGUGCCAGAAUUCACACCAGCAGAGCUAAAGGGAAGCAGUGCUUCUUGGUCCUGCGUCACCAGCAGUUUACUGUACAGGCCCUGGUCGCUGUGGGAGAUCGUGCCAGCAAGCAGAUGGUCAAGUUUGCAGCUAACCUCACGAAGGAGAGCAUCAUUGAUGUUGAGGCCGUGGUAAAGAAGGUGGACCAGAAAAUCGAAAGUUGCUCUCAGCAGGAUGUGGAGCUUCAUGUGGAGAGGAUCUUUGUGAUCAGCCAAUCUGAAGCCAGACUUCCCCUGCAGCUUGAGGAUGCCGUGAGGCCAGAAGGGGAAGGAGAUGAGGAAGGCAGAGCCACAGUCAACCAGGACACUAGACUGGACAACCGAGUUAUUGAUCUGAGAACCACCACCAGCCAAGCCAUUUUCCGGCUGCAGUCGGGUGUAUGUCAGCUCUUUAGGGACACACUCAUCAACAAGGGCUUUGUGGAGAUCCAGACUCCCAAAAUCAUCUCUGCUGCCAGUGAAGGAGGAGCCAACGUCUUUACGGUGUCCUACUUCAAAACAAGUGCAUACCUGGCCCAGUCACCUCAGCUCUACAAGCAGAUGUGUAUUUGUGCUGACUUUGAAAAAGUCUUCUGUGUCGGCCCAGUUUUCCGGGCUGAGGAUUCCAACACUCAUCGCCACUUGACAGAGUUUGUAGGUCUGGAUAUUGAGAUGGCCUUCAGUUAUCAUUAUCAUGAGGUCAUUGACUCCAUCACUGAUACCAUGGUUCAGAUUUUUAAGGGACUCCGUGACCGGUUCCAGACAGAGAUCCAGACCGUGAAUAAGCAAUACCCCAGUGAGCCCUUCAAGUUUCUGGAGCCCACGCUGAGGCUGGAGUUUCAGGAGGCUGUGGCCAUGCUCAAAGCUGCUGGGGUGGAAAUGGGAGAUGAAGAUGAUUUAAGCACACCUAAUGAAAAACUGCUCGGACGUCUUGUAAAGGAGAAGUAUGAUACUGACUUCUAUGUGCUGGAUAAAUACCCCCUGGCAGUGAGGCCGUUCUACACCAUGCCUGACCCCAACAAUCCUAAAUACUCAAACUCUUAUGACAUGUUUAUGAGAGGAGAAGAGAUCUUGUCUGGAGCCCAGAGAGUCCACGAUGCCCAGCUGCUGACUGAAAGGGCAAUGCACCAUGGCAUCGACCUGGAGAAGAUCAAGGCCUACAUUGAUUCGUUCCGGUACGGUGCCCCUCCUCAUGCUGGUGGUGGCAUAGGUCUGGAGAGGGUGACCAUGCUGUACCUUGGCUUACAUAACGUACGCCAGACCUCCAUGUUCCCCCGUGACCCCAAACGCCUGACCCCUUAAAGAUUAAAGAACCUGGACAGCCUCUCGUCUCUCAUCCAGACUGACACAAUACAACAUAGACACCCAGCCGUAGUCAUUUAGAUGUGCCACUGGGAUUAACCAAACAACGUUUAUUUACUUUUGUAAUACUUCUCACCGAUCUAUAAUACAGCAGGAUUUUAGAGGAAUAUAAUCAAGAGAAAAGGGAUUCUGUGUUUUAUGAUGCAGAUGUACUUACAUGCAGAUCAAUGCUAAUUUAUUAAAACCAUACUUGUAUGUCUAGCUUUUUUCUACUGAUCUGUUCCUUAAAAACACAAGUUCUUGAGAAGUAACUGUACAAUUUUAACAAGUAAC